AAAGGAGUACUUGUGGCACCUUAGAGGCUCGAAGGUGCCACAAGUAUUCCUUUUCUUUAUUCAAAUACAGUAGUUCUCAACCAGGGGUACAUGUACCCUUAGGGGUAUGCAGAGGUCUUCCAAGGGGUACAUCAACUCAUCUAGAUAUUUGCCUAGUUUUACAACAAGCUACAUAAAAAGCACUAGCAAAGUCAAUACAAACUAAAAUUUCAUACAGAUAAUGACUUGUUUAUACUGCUCUAUAGACUAUACACUGAAAUGUAAGUACAAUAUUUAUAUGCUAGUUGAUUUAUUUUAUAAUUAUGUGCUAAAAAUGAGAAAGUCAGCAAUUUUUCAUUAACAGUGUGCUGUGACACUUGUAUUUUUAGGUCUGAUUUUGUAAGCAAGUAGUUUUUAAAUGAAAUGAAACUUGGGGUACACAAGACAAAUCAGACUCCUGAAGGGCUACAGUAGCCUGGAAAGGUUGAGAGUCUAAUACAGUAACUGUUCUAAUACAGUAGCUGGGGUUGGUGGGUUUAGAUGUGUCCCUAGAGAACAGUCUUGAAAGGCUGGGCACAGGGCCUUCUCCAUUCGCGGUCCAUAAUCUUGCAAUGCUCUUCCCUAGUAGACAUCUAGGGCAUCCUUGCAAGUCAGGCUAAGGCUUGCUGCAGGUGUUUGUGGUACAGAAUGUGCUUACUGCACGUGCUCUUGGAUUUGUUUGGCAGCUUGCCUGUCAUGAGCGUGAACUCCAUUAGGCUGUGGAAUAGUCUCUUGGAAAAGGAGUGAAAACCCGCUUCACUUGUGACAUCAGAUGGAAUCACUCUGCAUUUAUAAAGCGAUCAUGCAUUGGCUGGGAGCUGGACUGGAUGAGGCCUAAGAUGGCUUCCCCAUCUUUAACGUGGAUGAUUCUAGAUCUAGUUAAUUUUUAAAGCACGUGAAAACUUAACCUUUACUAGUUUGGUGGCAGCAAUCUACUGCCUUCAGUCUCCCAAGUGUCUUCUCUCUGUUUUCCCUAGGCAAAGAGCGUGACGAUGCAGCCCUCCAUUGCAGCUGGUUUAUAAAGUUUGCCUUAAUGAAUACAGUUUUGGGGACUAUUCCCAUCUUAUUCAGGCAUCCGUCCAUUUAUGGCCUGUCCCGGAUCACCAGUAGCCUGUACCUCAGCAAUGGUACGGCUGCGAAUAACAAGCUCCUGCUCUUCGCCAGCCAGAUCACUACUGUCAUCAAUGUGUCUGUGGAGGUGGUGAACACCUUCUAUCCAGACAUUCACUACAUGCACAUCCCUGUAACUGACACCCCCAUCUCUCGCCUCUACGAUUACUUUGACCUCGUGGCAGAUAGGAUCCAUAAUGUGGACCUACAGCAAGGCCGGACACUGCUACACUGCGCUGCAGGCAUCAGCAGGUCAGCUGCCCUGUGUCUGGCCUAUUUGAUGAAGUACCAUGCCAUGUCUCUCGCGAAUGCUCAUGCCUGGGUCAAGUCCUGCCGUCCCAUCAUCAGACCUAACAAUGGGUUCUGGCGACAGCUUGUCCAGUAUGAGUAUAAACUCUUCGGCACCAAUACAGUCCGAAUGGUCAACUCUCCACUGGGUUUGAUCCCGGAUCUCUAUGAAAAUGAAGUAAGAAUAAUGAUAGCAUUUUGACUGUAACUAGGUUUACCACAUCUCAUGAAGGAGCCCAGAGGGAAAACAAAGGGGCAGCUAAGCUUGAUGAAGUUUGGAACGUGGACAAUAAACUCUUCAGCCCAGUGAGGUUUACUGCCCCGCUGGUAUAAGUAUAGGGGAUUAGCUGAGACGAAUGGGGCUAUCUGGUUUUUAUUAUAAAUAAAACCAAAUUUAAACUACACUGUUGGGUUUCACAUCCCAUUUGUAUUGACUUCUGAUAGGAGCUCUAGGUGCUGUCUGAAUGCUACUGGUAUGUGUUAAGAAAGCAUCCUUUUAUCCCACCAUUGUGAGAUGUUCGUCAUCUCCGGCUCUGUUCACGCUCAGGGAUAGAUUCCAGCGGAAACUCAGAACAAUGGGAAAGUUGCCAACUAUUCUUUUUCUAAAUAGGAAUUGAAAUGAAGUGUUCUGAAAAACUGACCCCAAGCCCAAUCCUUUGCUGUGUUGCAGAGAUGCUAGAGAUGUCCCCUGCAUCCCUGUUUCCAGAAGCUUAAGGAUUCCCUGCCUUCUCCCUUCACCUCUGCAUCUCAUUACCCCCACUGCCUUUCUGCUGGAGGAUGCAUAGGCACUCCUCCCUUCAGAGAUCCUUAAUCAUCUGAGGGAAUUGCUUGCAAAAACCUGGUGACUUCCACACCCACAACCUCCUACGGCUCAAGGUUCUGCCUCUGCAGCACUGCUAGCCUGUGCAGAGAGAAGAUGGGACCAGGAAACAGGCAAACAUGGGGUUUGUCAUAAAUAUAAAGGGAAGGGUAAACCCCUUUGAAGUCCCUCCUGGCCAGGGGAAAGCUCCUCUCACCUGUAAAGGGUUAAGAAGCUAAAGGUAACCUCGCUGGCACCUGACCAAAAUGACCAAUGAGGAGACAAGAUACUUUCAAAAGCUGGGAGGAGGGAGAGGAACAAAGGGUCUGUGUC